ACAGCGCGGAAAUGGCUUCCCGCUGGGCUGUUUUAUUGGUGGGAGUGAUUUUGCUCCAAGGCUUAGUUGCCUUGAGUCCUGUUCCCGUUCCAGAAAAUGAAUGGGAAGAGUUUUUCGCAAUGUUGAAUGAUCCUCAGUACCGUCUUCCAACAACCUCUAGACCAACUCAUUAUGAAGUGACUUUGACUCCAUAUUUGGCGAGCAGCACAAGGCAAUUUACAUUCGACGGUCAAGUUACGAUUCAAAUUAAUGUUUUUGAAGCAACUAAUCAACUGGUACUGCAUUGUAAUGAUCUCGUUAUUCAGAGUCUGUCUCUGGAACGGAAUGGAGUUUCAGUACCUUUAAGCAAUUCAGAGUUUUCGUGCGAAAUGCCGUACAGCUUUUUGCGAGUAACGGCCACCGAAGUUUUACCAGUUGGAUCAGGAUAUGUCCUAAGAUCAACAUUUACUGGUAAUUUACAGUCUAACAUGCGUGGUUUCUAUAGAAGCUGGUACAAAGACAGUUCAGGUGAGAGAAGAUGGAUGGCAACAACUCAAUUCCAACCCGGUCAUGCCAGACAAGCAUUUCCUUGUUACGAUGAACCAGGUUUUAAAGCGACGUUUGACUUCACAAUUGUAAAGGAGCCCGGGUUCAGCCCCACAAUUGCCAAUAUGCCGUUAAAAGAAAACUCUACUUUAUCCGACAAUAGUGUUUCCGAAACAUUCUUCACAACUCCUCUAAUGUCGACAUAUUUGAUUGCAUUCAUCGUCUCUCAUUACAAAGUAGUUGCGACAAAUAACAAUUCUACAAGACCUUUUCAUAUUUAUGCACGAGAUAACGCUGGUAUUACUGGAGACUGGGCUUUAGAAGUAGGGGUCCAACUUUUGGAAGUGAUGGAGAAUUAUACACAGAUACCGUAUUAUGAAAUGGCUGCACAAAUUGAUAUGAAGCAAACUGCUAUUCCUGAUUUUUCAGCAGGAGCUAUGGAGAACUGGGCUUUACUAACUUAUAGGGAAGCUCUCAUUUUGUACGACCCACUAAACUCAAACCACUUUUAUAAGCAAAGAAUUGCGAAUAUUGUAUCCCACGAGGUUGCACACAUGUGGUUUGGUAAUCUGGUUACGUGUGCUUGGUGGGACAAUCUUUGGUUAAACGAAGGCUUUGCUAGAUUCUAUCAAUAUUUUCUCACGCAAAAGGUUGUGCCAGAACUUGGCUACGAUACAAGAUUCAUCGUAGAGCAACUCCACGUGUCCUUGUUGUCUGAUUCUGUUGACAGUGCUCAUGCUCUUACCGAUCUCAGUGUCAACGAUCCAACAAGUGUUUCCGCACACUUUUCAACUAUUACCUACGCAAGAGGGGCUUCUGUUUUAAGAAUGACUCAGUACUUACUUGGUCAAGAAACUUACGACAAGGCUUUGGUGAAAUAUUUAAGUGCCAGGAAAUGGGACGUAGCAGAGCCUCAUCAUCUUUUUGAAGCGUUAGACGCAGCUGCAGUGGAAGAUGGUGCACUUAGCUCUUAUGGUGGUAUUACAAUAGACACAUACUUUAGAUCAUGGUCAGAAAAAGCUGGUCAUCCUCUGUUAGACGUCAGAAUUGAUCAUGCAUCAGGACUUGUUACGGUUUCUCAGGCAAGAUGGGAACGAGACACUGGCGUAUCUCAAUUCGACUACACUUGGGAUGUCCCAAUAACAUGGACCAGAGCUGGCUCACCUGACUUUAAUAAUCUUAAGCCAUCUCAAUUCAUCAGAGCCCGUACAGAAACUUUCAGCAGUGGUAAAGAACCAUUGGAAUGGCUUAUCUUGAAUAAACAACAGUCAGGUUUCUACAGAGUGAAUUAUGACCGUGACAACUGGGUGCUUCUGACACGUGCCUUAAGGAGUAGCAACAGAACAGUUUUUCAUGAAUACAACAGAGCCCACAUCGUUGAUGAUUUGUUCAACUUUGCAAGAGCUGGAAUAAUGCCGUACAACAGCACAUUUAAUAUUUUGUCUUUCCUGGAAAACGAAGAUCAAUAUGCACCCUGGAUUGCUGCAAUAACUGGUUUUAAUUUCGUAAGAAGGCGUUUGGCACAUGAUUCUGAAAAUCUGGAAAAGUUGCAGAAUCGAAUUAUUGCCUCGAGUAGAGCAGUAGCAUCACGACUUGGUUAUUCAGAAAAAGAAGGGGAACCCUUCAUGGAUGGACUACUUCGUAUGUACCUCAUGACAUUCCUUUGCGAUGUUGGCGAUCCUCAAUGCUUAGCAGCUGCUAACACCAAUUUCCAACAAUGGCGAAAUGGAGCACAUAUUCCUGCAAAUAUGCGCCCAUGGGUAUACUGCGCGGGACUUCGCCAGGGAACUGCUGCCGAUUUCAAUUAUUUCUGGAAUCGCUAUCUUAAUGAAGACCUGGCAGGAGAAAUCGUUGUAAUGCUCCAAGCAGCUGGUUGUACCAAGGACACCGCUAGUUUAGAAGUUUUCUUAAAUGCUAUUGUUGACGGUCAGGAUACUGUGAGGCCUCAAGACCAUUCAACUGCUCUAAGCUCAGCUGUCACUGGAAAUGAAGAGAACACGUUGAAGGUUUUCGAUUGGCUGAAGAGAAAUUUAGAUCAGACUAUAAACGGGCUGGGAAGCGCAGCAACUCCUAUUAACAACAUUGGAUCACGUUUGCUUAACGAACAACAAAUGACAGAGUUCCGAUCCUGGUUAGAUCAAAACAGAGAUGUUUUGGGCACCGCGUACAGCACAGGAGUAAAUGCAAUUACCACGAGUAGAAAUAAUUUAGCAUGGUCUGGAAGACGUCUCUCCGAGUUCGUGACAUUCUUUGACACUGGUUAUGUUGAUGAGAAAUUGACCUUUGAAGACCUAGGAGAAGAAGAUGGUGGAGCGACCAUUGCCGCAUUAAGUGCGAUAACUUUACUGAUUACUCUCUCCAUUAACAUUUUCGCAUAAAUAAUUUGAGUAUUAUAGUAUAUUUCUAACAAUAAAAUUUUGAAGAGAAA